AGCAACCGGUUUGGUUAGGGUUUGAGCAAUGACUGCGGACCUGAAGAGGGACUACGAGAUCGGACCAGAGAUCGGACGGGGGAGGUUCGGCACCGUGUACCGGUGCGUCUCGACGGAGACCGGCGAGGCGUUCGCCGUCAAGUCGAUCGAGAAGGCCCUCCUCUCCGACGCGGUUGACCGCGAGUGCGUCGAGCGGGAGGGCAAGAUCGCGCAGCUCGCUGCCGCCGGGAACCCGCACGCCGUCCAGGUGCACGCGGUGUAUGAGGACGAGGCGUGGCUCCACGUGGUGAUGGAGUUGUGCCCGGGGCCGGACCUUUUCGACCGGAUCAGCGGGCCGGGGGCGCCGCUGUCGGAGGCGGAGGCGGCGGCGGUGAUGGCGCCGCUGAUGGAGGCGGUGGCGGUGUGCCACCGCCGCGGGGUGGCUCACCGGGACAUCAAGCCGGACAACGUGCUAUUCGACGAGCGGGGCCGCCUGAAGCUGGCGGACUUCGGGUCGGCGGAGUGCUUCGGGGACGGGCGGCCGAUGAGGGGCCUGGUGGGGACGCCCUACUACGUGGCACCGGAGGUGGUGGCCGGGAGGGAUUACGACGAGAAGGUGGACGUCUGGAGCGCCGGGGUGGUGCUUUACAUAAUGUUGGCCGGGGUCCCGCCCUUCUACGGCGACACGGCGGUCGAGAUCUUCGAGGCGGUGCUCCGCGCCAACCUCCGCUUCCCGACGCGGAACUUUCACGCCGUCUCCCCGGCGGCCAAGGAUCUUCUACGCCGGAUGCUCUGCAAGGACGUCUCGCGAAGAUUCUCGGCGGAGCAAGUCCUCGGGCAUCCAUGGAUAACCAGUGGAGGGGGAGCAUGAGGCCAGUGGAGGAGCCAACCGAAAAGGGAGGAGAGCGGGCUUUGCGUACAGAGAUCGUAUGAAUACCACUGUAUAUAUACGCCUCUUUUUUGUGAAGACGGCUUGCUCUGAGAAGUUUCUAGAAGGACUCCGGAGAAAAGAUUUCGAGUCUUAAUGCGGGUUCUUUUCUUCGGUUGCCUUCCGACCUGUUUUCUUGUAGAGUGUGUAUAUAUAAUAAAGCAUCGGAACGUGUCCUCUUUGUGUAAGUUUGUGGUCUUUCGUUCAUGGAAGAGAUGCCAGAGAUAUGGAAUUUGCUUUUAUUUGCGUA